UAUAAACGCUGACACGAAUUUAUCUUUUUAUCUAGCAACAAAAGUAAUGGAAAUGGCACUCUCUUCUUCUGCAAUAUCACCAAAUUUGAGACCACCCACUUCACAAUCUCUCUUAAUUUCUUCCACAAGCUCAUCUUUUUUCAGACCCACCUCACUCUUGACCCGACAAGCCAAGAAUCUUGCUCUGGGUCGACCCAAGACCCGACCCAGGACCAACCCGGGCCUUUCUUGCACAUGUUUGUUUGGACUUGGUGUGCCAGAGCUGGUGGUCAUAGCAGGUGUAGCAGCACUUGUGUUUGGGCCCAAGAAGUUGCCUGAGGUUGGUAAAAGCAUUGGCAAGACUGUUAAGAGCUUCCAACAGGCUGCAAAAGAGUUUGAGUCUGAGUUAAAAAAAGAGCCGGAGGCUGGUGCAGAAAUACCAGAGGGGAAAGUUACAGAAGUUAGUGAAGAAGAGAAGAAAGAUGCGGAAGUUUCAAGCACAAAGGAGGGAUAGUGAACUUCCAAUGCAUUUUUGAAUUCAUUUCAUAGAAUUUUAAGAAUAUUUCACUCGUUUUUAGUGUUGGUCAGCUGUAUGAGGUAUUGUCACAGAGUUGAAGUGAAUCCAUUUAGUUCAGCUGUUUGCUAUGAUUGA